UACAUACUAAUGAAAUCGAUCGGUACUUAUUUGCACCAUUAUAAUUUCGCUGAAGACGUAUGAAAAUUUUCAUAGAGGUGAAUGCUAACAUUUUCAAUAGAUUUACUUGAUGGAACUAGUACGAUGGAAAAUUUUACUGUUUCUGCCUAUAAAACAUUUUAUAUAGAAAUUCAAGGUACACAGAAUAUGGGCCUAAACGCAGCUGUACAAGCUUUAAAGAAAGCAGAGCCUUUAAAGGACAAAGUACAACGGUGCAGAGAUCUUCUAAAUGAUAGUGAUGCGUGGGUAUGCCAGCAACAGCUACAGAAGAUAUAUCAACAAGUUCUGAUAUUGGAUUUGGAAUAUGCUUUGGACCGGAAAGUUGAGCAGGAACUUUGGAAUCUAGGAUUUAAAAAUUAUAUAGCAACUUUACAAUCCCAGGCAAAGGAUAGGAAAAAUCCUAAACGUGGAGAAUCUCAAGCUUUACUUAGCUGGUGCUUGGAAGCUGCUAGUGGUUUUUAUUUGACAUUAUUACAAGAAAUUUGUACUGCAUUUGAUUUAGAUUUACCAUUUAGAAGGAAGGGUUACAUUUAUGGAUGUACAUCACCAUGGAAAGCUAUUGAAAAGUUAUCAGUGCCUCAUAAAUCUUCAUGUUUUUAUGCGUGCCAAUAUUGCCUUGUGCAUUUAGGGGAUAUUGCUCGUUAUAGAAAUGAAAGUAAACAAGCGGAGUUAUUCUACAGGCAUGCUGUAUCAUUGUCACCAUCCAGUGGACAACCAUACAAUCAAUUAGCCCUCCUUGAGGCAUCGCGCGGUAACAAAUUGGCAACUGUUUUUCAUUACACACGGUCUGUAGCUGUAAAACAUCCUUUCCCCGUUGCCACAACGAACUUGGCAAAAACAUUAUCGUCUGCUUUGAACGAUACAUCGCUGAAUAUAGAUGGAAAAACAAAAUUAUCUUCUCAAGAAUAUGUAGCAGUUUUUUUGAAACUUCAUGGCGUUAUCCACAAUCUUGGCGACUUAAAAGUUGCUUCAACAUAUGCGAAAUUAUUAACUGAGACAUUGACAGCCUUAGUUGCUACAGAAAGUUUUAGCUCUUGGAUGCUUGUUCAAAUGUUUGUGAUUAACUUGUAUGCCUUGGAACAUACAACGAGUGUUGUCAUGGGUAAUAAUGAACCGUUAAGACACGAACAAUUAACAUCUGAUGAGAAGAUUGCUCGUGAUUGUAUUUUGGAUCUCAUAGCUGGAAGCCUGUCUGCUUUAUUGUUACCUGUUUAUACAAUCAAAAAUUCUAUUAUUGAGUAUUUCGCUUUGCCUUCUAUAAAACUGUGCCUUGAUUGGAUUCAUACAAAACCCACAGUUUUGGAGGAACUAGCUUUUACAUCGAGACUUCAAAUUUGGCCCAGCUUAUGCGUAUUGUUGAACGCUUUGCAAAACUGUGUGGCCGAUUUCGCAUAUGAUCAAUAUAUUAAGGUACCACUGCCAGAGGAUCGUGACCUACAAGGAUUCUUACCGUUAGAGAAAAGUUUCGAAUGUUUAAAAUUUACGAGUACCGAUUUAGAAGAUAAUGUCGAGGCUUCCAAUAAACUGCGUGCAGUUCGUAUUCUUCGUUUAGGUCAUUGUUUAGCACAAUAUAAGGUCAAUGGUACUGCGUUAAUUGCUAUUACAUUAGGUGAAGAAAAGGGUGACAACAGGUUCAGUUCUAUGAGUGAAGGAAACGGUUUGAGUAAUGAAUUGAUGAAAGAAUUAGAAGAACUCAGUUUAAAUAGAGGAAGACAGUCUGCUGUAUCAACUAGUCCAGUUCUCUCAGAGUCUGCCAGCAGUAAAGGUUCUACUGACGUCGAUAUGUUGGAACAUGCCUUAGAUAAGAGGAUAGGUAUCUUGAAGCCUCAAGGUUCGUUAGAGCGAAGUAAAGACACGGUUUUGAUCACCUCUACGGAAUCCAGUACUUUUGAAACUAAUGUCCAACCUACUACAAGGAAACCAAGGCAAAACAUAGCGAUGCAAACGAUAAUGCGACGUGCUGAAACUGAACAAAAACAGGUUACGUUUAAAAAUUUGUCUCCAUUAAACGUAGAAGAGGAGAGUGAAAAAAAAUUUAAAUUGAGUGGAGCAUCAGUGAGUCCAGUAAAAGGUGUCCCUCCAGGUGGGAGUAAAAAUAUGGUUGUUGGAGAAAUAUCAAAGGCGAACAAUGUUUCAAACGCGAUUGCGAAUACACCAAUCACCGUUCAAAGUCGAUUACCGUUGAUGCCUUCUGCUACAUCUACUGUGCAAAGCCCAAUCAUUACCACUCAAAAUCAAGUAAAAACCACAAAAUUACAGCACGCUGUCUCAGCACCACAAUCUUCUCAAAUUAACCAUCUUUCUGUAAAAGAACAACAAGCGUCCGGGAUUUCGACUCCAAUAUCUGGAAUAUCUCAAUGUGUAGGGACUAUUUGUUAUCAAAAUCCAACAUUUAAUGUUCAGAAUCCACAAUUUACGAAAAAUUAUGUCACGAAUCAUGUUGGAAAUUUAUCGAGUUAUCCGAUUCAAGGACAUUUUACUAGUUCAGUACAACAAUCGAUGCAAUCACAGAGUAUAGGUUUACAAUAUACAUCCAGUCAAAAUAGGUCUAUGCAUCAGAGAGCACAGACUCAUAACAUACCUCAGAAUACAUUGUUGCAUCAAAAUCUUGGAAUACUGUCUUCAGCUCAGCCGAGUAAUGUUAUACCAAAUGCUUCACAAAAUAUUAAUUCCCAACAAAGUAGAAAUAUUGGCGUGCAGCAAAAUCGUAGUUUGAAUACUCAACAGAACCACAACUUGAAUGUGCAACAACAGAAUGUUAUGAAAACUAGUCUUAGACCAAGCACAAUAUCUUUACAUAAUCAAGGUUCAUUACCUAAUUCAACUAUUGCAAAUGUUUCUACUUUGUCAACAUUAAAUACAUAUCAAAAGAAACUUCAUCACGCUGCUCCUGUUAUACCAAAUGCAUCAAAUGUACCAAGCAAUUCGCUAAAUCCGACAACUACGCCCAAUUUUCAAUAUAAUUUUAAUCAGAAUGAUUUUAAUCAGAAUACCUUUGGUCAAGUACCACAAAAGCAAUUGUCGUCCGUGUACAAUAAGAAUUCGGAUGUUUUGGAAUUUUCGUUACCAAAUCAUUUAGGUAUGUCAAAAAAUCAGUCUCAGUCCACAACUAAUUAUCCGCUUUUCCAAAACUAUGAAACCACAAAUUUCAAUCUGUGGAAAGACACUCAACAGUCACAACAUUCUAUACCUUGCUGGGGUUCAACUAGCAGAAGUAUGCAAUUACAUAGUGAAGAUACGUCUGUCAUUGAAAACUAUCAUAAUUGGGAAGACUCCUCUAAUCCUGGAAACAUAAUGUCACAAAUUCCAUUGAGAACUUCAAAUAGUUAUCCAUCAGAUUCUCAACAAACCAAGCAUUUUGGUACUGGAAGUAAUUUCGAAAGUUCUAGAUCUUUAGAGGUAGAUAGCAAAUCAAAUCAAUCAAUCAGCACAGGAAACACGUAUUCUCUAUUUAGCAGUAACAAUGCAUGGGGGUCUAAUGUACAAAGUUGUAAUGUGUCAAAUCAAGAUCAAACAAAAACUCGGCUUAAUCAACAGUCUUUAUGGUUUGGACCUGGACCAUCUCCCUUGGAACGGCUUUUGGAACAGCAAAAAUCAUUACGUGAAGGAGGUACCUGAAGGAAAGCAAUAUAAGAUAAUGUCGAAGUAUAUUGAAAAAAGAUAUAUCCAAAUUUUGGAUUCAAUUAACCAAGGGGAUUUAGCAAAACGUAUCAUAAUAAAUUCCAUCGAUCGUUUGACGGAACUGUUAAAUUUGUUACAAAGCAACAGCUAGUGAAAAGUUUCGUAGGCGUUUAGGUGUUCGUUGUGUAAAGCGAACAACACAUACGUCCAAGGCGUUAUGAAACACGCUAUAUAAAAAUGCAUAGAUGUUAAUUACUUACAUUAAUUGUUGCGCGCAUAAUAGUAAACGAAGUUAUUCUGGUAGUGGAUAUUGCGCGAUGGAGUUUAAAAAACAAAAAAUGGGGAAACAAAGAAAAAAGAGG